UAGCAUCAAUUGCAUCAGAAAGCAGUUUACCAAGUACUGAUCCAUCAUUUAUGGAUUCGGUAUUUUUGAACGGAGAAACACAGCUGCAAAUUUUAAAAUUUAAACGGCAUAUAACUGAAAUGCAAAAUCAAUUGAAGCAAAUUCGACGUACAGUACAGAUGAAUACGCAAGCAUCACGUGAUAUUUUACGUGAUGCAUUUGAUCGAGUUCAUCAGUACGUUGCAAAUUAUCUCGGUGCUACACCAUAUCAUUCAUCUCCAAAUGUCAUUGAUACACUUAAAUCGGAACACAUUGCUCAAAUUGCUAAUCUUCAAAAAUCAUUACAAAUAUUUGAAGAAAAUAUUGAAGAGGUCAGACAUUUAGUAUUAAAUACAAAUCGAAAAUUACGUAUGAAUGAAGUGGAAACGUUUACCGAAACGCUUACACGAAUCGGUCGUAAUGCAGCAAAAUUAAAAACACAAUUCCCAACAAUACAAAAUGAAUUACAAAAGGAAAUUAAAGCAAACAUGGAGCGAAUUGUUUGCGAGGAAAAAUUUAUCAAAGAAGAAACUGCACAAAUUGAUCAAUGCUUACGACAUUGCAAAACAUUAGCAAAUAUGAUGGUAACAAUGAAAAAAUUAGCAAUGGUGCAAGAUCCAAGCUUAAAUAUGACAAAAAUGGAAAAGAAUAACAAUAAUCGAACAUUAUUUACAUUGCGAGAGAAUGAAUUUACAAGCGAUCAUACAAAAUUUAUGAAAAAUGAUCGAAUAAAUGAUAAUCGAAGAAAUGAAAAACGAGAAAUGAUUGAUGAAAAAAUGCGCGAACAAACAUUACCACCACCAUCACCUAUUUAUUAUGAAGGUACAUCCACAUGCAAUUCAAAAAAAAGCGCAGAUGCAAAUGUUUUGGAUACAAUCUUAGAUGAAUUGACAAAUACGGUACAGCGUGAUAUGCGUUCGAAAUCAAAAUCACCCCAUCUAGCAAUAUCAUUUCCGGUCAUCCGGAACGGCCCACCAAAACCACCGGAACGUCAUUCAACAACCGAUGUUCGAAAUCGUUUUACACCAUCUGAAAUACAAGAAAUGCAACGUCGAGCAAUUGAGAGUGUUUCACCAAUUCCAGGCUGGUGUUCGUAA